UUGCCGAGCACGACAUGGAGAGAAAGUUAAAUAUUUUCUUUACGGUCUUACGCAGCUCACCUUAGAAAGCACAGCCGCUGGCUGCUGGAUCGCGAUAGACUGAGAACGAACAAAACGAUCUCGAAGAGAGAUUCGAGGAAAAUUCUCACUGGAAACUAAGCUUUGCCGGGCGGUUGCGAGCGGUGUUCGCACACGGGAAAGAGGGGAAACAGAGACGGCUCUUUCCGGCGGAUUUUUAAUGAAAUACAGCAGCUGUCUGACACACGCCUGCCACCCCUAGCGAUCUCGAGUUAGAUGCGCUUGACUUAAAGAUGCGGAGCGACCCCAUACUGUUCGCCUCGAGGGCGAUGGAGGAGUUGUUGGCAGAGUUGCGGGUCUUUCUGGAGCUGUUGGACAGAGAAUAUUUAACAGCUGGAGUAAGGGAAAAGAAACAGCAAAUUUUAAACAUCCUGCACAGAGUUCUGGCCACUAAAGAGCCUUCCUGUAAGACAGAGAUACACACCUCUCUCCCGGCUCCUCCCCAGAUGCCCCUGCCAGAGAUUCCUCAUCCUUGGAUGCCUCCAGACAAUGAUCCUCCACCCUUGCCAAGCUCCUCUCUUCCUGAAGGUUACUAUGAAGAAGCCGUACCUCUGGGUCCUGGAAAAGCCCCCGAGUACAUCACCUCUAAUUAUGACUCGGAUGCGAUGAGCAGCUCAUACGAAUCAUAUGACGAGGAAGAGGAGGAUGGGAAAGGACAAAAGAUGCGUCAUCAAUGGCCGUCUGAGGAGGCAUCCAUGGACCUGGUGAAGGAUGCACGUAUCUGCGCCUUCCUCUUGCGAAAGAAACGCUUUGGACAGUGGACCAAACUGCUGUGCGUUAUAAAGGACAACAAACUGUUGUGCUAUAAGUCCUCAAAAGACCAGACUCCACAAAUGGAGCUCAUUUUAUCUGGCUGCAGUAUCACACACAUUCCCAAAGAUGGCAAGAAGAAGAAGCACGAAUUGAAGAUUGUCCAUCAGGGCGCCGAUGCGCUGGUGCUGGCCGUCCAGAGCAAAGAACAGGCUGAAGAGUGGCUUAAGGUGAUGAAGGAAGUCUGUGUUAAUGGAAUCGGAGCGCUGGACUGUGACGGAGCCGGAUCUGGUUCUACUGUUCACAAAUCAGAGCUGGAAAAGAAACUGUCCUAUGAUCGACCCAGUUCAGAUGGAGAGCCCUGCCACGAGAAUGGAAUUUCAGAUGGAAAAGAUCCAGCCAAAGGGAAGAAGAACUCAAAAUCAGAGCAGAAAGGCACCGUGGGGCGGGUGACUGGAAAGAAAAUCACAAAAAUCAUAAGUCUGGGCAAGAAGAAGCCUUCCACUGAUGAACAGACAUCAUCUGCAGAAGAGGAUGUCCCAACAUGUGGCUAUCUGAACGUACUAUCCAACAACCGCUGGAGAGAGCGCUGGUGCCAGCUGAAAGACAACCAGUUGUUUCUGCACAAGGACCGGGCAGAUCUGAAGACACACAUGGCCUCUCUGCCCCUGCGGGGGUGUGAGGUCAUUCCAGGGCUUGACUCCAAACAUCCCUUCGCCUUCCGUCUGCUGCGCAACGGACAGGAGGUGGCCGUUCUGGAGGCGUCCUCCUCGGAGAGUAUGGGGAGAUGGUUGGGGGUGUUGCUGGCAGAAACGGGCUCCACUACAGAUCCUGCUGCACUGCACUAUGAUUACAUUGACGUGGAAACCACUGCUAAUGUCAUUCAGCUGGCCAAGCAGUCGUUUUGUUUCACCAGCAAGCGUGCAGUUUCUCCAAACCCAUACCUGGAUAACCUGGUCAAUGGUUACGCCUGUCCAUCAGGUGUUGCUCUGCAUUAUGACGAUGUACCCUGCAUCAAUGGAACGGCACCAGGUGUUCAGUACUCUUCCCCAACUUCAAGGGACCACCUUUGGAAUGAGGAGGCUCAUUAUGAGAAUACAGAACUUUACGAAAACAUGCCCUCCCCCAAAUCUAAGCGCCUGUCAUCUUCGGGGAAUUACAAGACGCCAACUUCCGCUAAAACUCUCUCCUCUUCCUUACCUUCUAAUACUAACACUAAUCAGCUGAAAGGGAAGAAAUCCCUGUUCACCAAUGGGAUCGCUGCGAAGCAGAAACUGGACAAGAACCAGCCCAAAAAGGCCAAUGGAACCAGCAGCACUCUUCCAGUAAAACGCAACAAUUCUAGUGUGGAUCAGUAUAAGUAUGGGAAAAACAGAGUGGAGGCUGAUGCCAAGAAGCUUCAAUCUAAAGAGGAGGAGUUGAUGAAGAAGAAGCAGGAAAUUCGAAACCGCCUGACCCAGUUGAAGAAAGACAAAAAAGAUCUCCGCACUGCUAUAGAGAACAAUACAGGUAAGCGUUCUCAAGCCUCUCUGACGGAGAGACUUAAGAAGGUGGAGGAAGAAUGCAAACUGAAAGAGGACGAGCGAGUGAAUCUGGAGCUGGAGAUGACGGAGGUAAAGGAAAGUCUGAAAAAAGCCCUGAAUGGAGGCGUCACUUUGGGCUUGACCAUUGAACCCAAAACCAGCAGCUCCAGCCCACAGUCUCCGGUGUUAUUGAGGAGGACGGUGGACAACUCGCCCAUGUCCAGCUGUGACACCAGUGACACUGAGACCUGCUCUCUGCCCAUCAACAGCGCCUCUCUGCUGCGCAGACACACGUUACAAACAAAACCCUCAGCUGUGCGAGGACAUGUGCUAAGGAAAGCUAAGGAAUGGGAGAUGAAAUCUGGCACAUAAGUUCCUUACCAUGUUUUACUUUCACCGUAUCUAUUUAUUACAUUUUUGUCCAUAUCGGAGGGAUGUUGAAAUCGAAUUGACUGAACCAUAGACACAAGAUGUCAGAAUAGAAAUUAAGUUCGACAGAAUUUGAACCAGUCCAGUACCAAAAUUACCUGCUUGCUAUUUUAAUUCAUGCAAAUAGAUGAAAGAGACAAAAUCAUUUUAUUAUUAUUUUGUAAAUCAUACAGUUCAUGUCUCAGAUUUUGGUCUGGAAUCCCUAAGUCUAGAAAAGUCUGUUCUUCAACGGGAAGCUUUCAAUGGAAGACAAAUCCUCAAGUAUUUAUUUGUAAAUGUUUAAGUAAAUAUAAGGCCUCUCUGUGUUUGUUCGUUUUGACAUUUAGUAAUGUUUUUCUUUAAUUCAGCUUUGUGCUAGUUAAAGAGAGCAGCUUCUAUUGGGAAUGAGAUAAUUAUCAUCAAAUGAACAAAAAAAAUUACAUUUCAGUUUCUUUAAAGAAAAAGUGUCAUCUGUAUGAAAGCUUGUAAGAAGCGUUUUUCUUAUUGGUGCAUUUCCCAUUACUUUAAAAAUGAGGAUGUGUCCUUACGUUUGGCUGGGGCAGUUGCUAUAGCAACAGCAGUCCAUAGGGAACAGGGCAGCUUAGGCCAGGGUGUGGCCCUCUAUUGGCUGGCUGUUCUGGAAACUGGGCCUGAAAAUACUGCUACACUUUUCCUUAAUGUUCCCCCAUCACACACGCUGCAAUGGAAACAAUCGUGUGUGUGUGUGUUAGUUUGUGUGUGUGUGUGUGUGUGUGAGUAUACACAGUAUCUCACAGAAGUGAGUACAACCCUCACAUUUUUGUAAAUAUUUUGUUUAUUUAAUAUUUAAUAUUAUGUGACAACACUGAAGACAUUAAACUUUGGUAGAAUGUAAAGUAGUGGGUGUACAGCUUGUACAUUUUUUUUUUUGUACAAAAUAAUUGUUGCUCUACAUAAAAAUAGCCAAGGCUAUAAGGAGAUUGCCAAGACCCUGAAACUGAGCUGCAGCAUGGUGGCCACGACCAUACAUCGGUUUAACAGGACAAGUUCCACUUAGAAAAGGCCUCGCCAUGGUUGACCAAAGAAGUUGAGUGCACGUGCUCACCGUCAUAUCCAGAGGUUUUCUUUGGGAAAUAGACGUAUGAGUGCUGCCAGCAUUGCUGCAGAGGUUGAAGGGGGGGGGGGUCAGCUCUUUCAGUGCCCCUACCAUACGCCGCACACGGCAUGAAACUGGUCUGCAUGGCUGUUGACCCAGAAGGAAGCCUCUUCUAAAGAUGAUGCACAAGAAAGCCUGCAAACAGUUUGCUGAAGACAAGCAGACUAAGGUCAUGGAUAACUGGAAACUUGUCUGUUGUCUGAGAAGGCCAAGAUAAACAUAUUUUAUUCAGAUGGUGUCAAGCGUGUUUGGGGGCAACCAGGUGAGGAGUACAUAGACAAGUGUGUCUUGCCUACAGUCGAGCAUGGUGGUGGGAGUGUCAUGGUCAGUGGCUCCAAGAGUGCUGCCGACACUGGGGAGCUACAGUUCAUUAAGGGAACCAUGAAUGGCAGCAUGUACUGAGACAUACUGAAGUAGCGCAUGAUCCCCUCCCUUCCGAGACUGGGCCGCAGGGCAGUAUUCCAACAUAAUAACGACCCAAAAGGAAGCUGAGGGUAAAUAUGAUGGACUGGCCAAGCAUGUCUCCAGACCUAAACCCUAUUGAGCUCCUGUGGGUUAUCCCCAAACGGAAAGGUGGAGGUGCGCAAGGGCUCUAACAUUGAGGCUCGUCAUUGAGGAGUGGACGAGGACUCCAGUAGAAACCCGUGAAGCUCUUUUAAGCUCGAUGUUCAAGAGGGUUAAGGCAGUGCUGUAAAUUAAUGGUGGCCACACAAAAUAUUGACACUUUAGGCCUAAUUUGGACAUUUCAAUUUAGGGGUGUACUUACUUUUGUUACCAAUGGUUUAGACAUUAAUGGCUGCGUGUUGAGUUAUUUUGUGGGGACACCAAAUUUUACACUGUUAUACAAACUGUACACCCACUACUUUACAUUGUCGCAAAGUGUCAUUACUUCAUUGUAGUCACAUGAAAUUAUAUAAUAAAAUAGUUACAAAAUUAUGAUGGGUGUACUGUGAGAUACUGUACAUCCUGACAUCAAGAACACUGCAAUACCAAUACACUAACAGUUAUACUGUAGUCACAUUGUUUGGUCACAUCUGUAUGUGAAAUUGCAUUACAAUUUUAUAGACUGAAUUCAUAUGCAGGUAUUGUAAGCCCUUGUUACCGAAUGUUUGGUCGAACGAAAGAAUGUCUGUAAAAGUCAAAAACCCAUCUCAUACCUCUGUUACACUACACUUCUCUUUUUAACUCCUAAUUCAGACAGAUUAUGGAGUUUUGGUGCUUAAUUUAGACAUGUAUGUGACUAUACUUUCAUAUGCAUGUGCAAGAAACAUUUAUAGCGUGUUUAUCAUGUAGUGAUGCGACACAUCUUUAAACUAUGCUAUAUGAAGGCUUAUCCCAUUUUUCAGACAUGUAAAAUAUCUCUCCUACAGAUUCUGGACCAAUAACUUUUUAGGAGCUAAUAUUUGUCCAGUCAUUUAGUACAAGUCAGCACUGGAUAACAUUUUUUUUACUUACAUUUCUUAUUUGAAACCGUUAAAUCCUUUAGGUCCAAGUAGCUGUCUGUCACUGCAGACAUAAGGGUCAAAUGUUGUGGAAUGUAAAUAUUGUUAUUUGGCUUUGUGGGUGGGGAAAUGGUGGAAGCAUGGACUUUCAAAGACACUAUUGUUUGUUUUGCACCUUAUGGUUAAUAUCCAGUUUUAUUUUUCUCUUGACUGUUGUCAACUUGGCAACUAAAGGACUGUACAUAUAAAUAAUUAAACUGCUUUUAAAGUGA